AUGUCUGCGCGUCCGUCAGCCGAUCUUGCUCGCGCUGUGUCGCUGUCUUCUCAAUCCCGACGUUCCUCUCUGGGGCAGCAGAAUGAACCGUUACCUCGCCACUCUUCAUCGGGCUGCUGUCCCAAUCCUGAUGUCUUCUCCGACGACUACUCCCUCGACCGCAUCGACUCCGAAGCCUCCCAAUCCUAUCGAAACCCCUCCGUCUCCUCCGUCGGCACGUCGACGACCCUGUACUCCAACCGUUUGACCCACGAGAGCGCAGUCCGCACCAGUCCACGUGACUCCAUCGAGAAUCCUUUUGGAGAUGCUGCUCGGGUUUCGUUCGACGAGACAUCCCGCGAUACCCUCAAUGAUACCCCUCAUCGGUCGAGUCUACCGCAGAAGGGGGGGAACCGCGAUUCUUUGACUUCUUCGGUCAACACGGCACCUUCUAUCGCCCAGCGGAGUCAGAGCAGUUCUUCCCGUUUUUCGAUUCCCCCUCGAGCCCUCAGUCCCUACAGGGGCGCGACCGGACCCAGCCAUCCCUAUGCUAUGUACCCUCAGGUUGGCGUCGGUCGCUCCCCGAGCGUCACGACAACUUCGUCAGUACGGCCUCCUGACCGACCCCUAGGGGAUUCUACUACCCCGCAGCAUCCCUACGCCAUGUACCCGCAAAAUGUUGUUGUGGAGGAGGGAAUGGACGGCCCCGUAAUCCCGGUUGGAUUCCCCGGACAUAAUCAGCCCUAUAGGCGACCUCCCGGCCGUGCCGACGAUGACAUUGCAGACAUUGUCGGGCCAGACGGGCAUACUGAGCAGCUUCCACCCUACUCGCGUUACCCGGACGGCGUCGUUCCGGCGGUCGAGCCAGUACCAGAGCCACACAACAAUAAUCCCGACACCACCACAGACGAGGAUCACCUCUAUAACUUCGAUGGACCACCGGCCUCGGGAACAUCGUCGAGGACGUUGGUAUCCGAGCGCUCCCCGGCUAGAAAUAGCCAGCCACCGACUGCAUCAGCUGCUGCUGCUGGCCAGACAGUUCUUAAUGAAAAGGCUGAAGGGAGAGGGCCUAGGCGGGUCUGUUGUGGGUUGCCGAUUUGGACGUUCGUCCUUAUAGCGGUUGUUAUGGUUAUAUGUGCGGUUAUUGGAGGUGUCAUUGGCGGUCUUUUAGGAGCCAAGAGAGCUACAGAUGAAGGCAAUAAAAACCAUACGACCCAGACAAUCGUCACGGUAACGACUACACCCGGAUUUGAUGCGACACCCUUGGCGACGCAACCUACAAACGUUCCACCCCUGCCUACAGGCCAGUUCAUCAUUCCGCCCAGUUUGCAGAACUCAUCGAAAUUAUGUUUGGUCAACCAGGCUUCGUUGGUUACAUGGUCUUGCUUGCAGGAAAGUUUACUCAUUGAUGUUGAAGGGUCAGGCACACAAAAUACCGUGACCUUCCAGAACCAAUCUGUUCCUGGGUUUUUCAAGUACGGCGCCCAGAUGCCCUAUUUUCACUCCGAUACGAAGAAGUUGAAUAUGGUGCUCGACAAAAAUGACUAUGGCUUCGGUCCCGCAUUGUCUUUCUACGAUGUAAUGGAUAAACUCGUUAUCUUGCCAGAGGAUAAGCUGUCUGCAGAUGCAGUAUCGAAACAAAUCGUCUCCUCAAGCGAUAUUCUCCAGCAUACAUCGCAGAGCAAUCAAGUUGCACAGGUGGGCGAUCAGCCAUGGUUUUGUUGGUGGAACAGCACGAUCAUGGAGUUUUUCCUGUACGUCAAUCAAACAACGACAGAGUCGUUUGAAAGCGACAGCUCCAGCAUGUCCGGCAAGGAUGGCGACUCGUCCACGGAUUCAGUUGCCCACUAUCCCCGCAGAAUCAAGAUCGAAGAAAAGCGAAACCUUCCUGGCGCUAAGGAACCCUAUUGCCAACAAAUGCGCGUCAUGGACGGAGGGUACAUCGUAGCCCUGUCUAACACAAUCAGUAUCAGUGAGGUUGAACCAUCAUCCGCGACGACGGUAAUCGGUGGCUCUGGUAGCCAAGGUGGGCAAACUUACAGGCCCCUCUAUGGGAGCUCAUGUUACUGUGCAUUUCUCACUUAA